AAAUAACAGAAUAGUCAGUAUUAUCCAUCUCCUCAUUAAUCAACGCAACACCACCAAGUAUUUUAUGCUUUCAAACUUGUAUAUAUAUGCUCCCUCAAAACAACCCAUUGGAAAAUUAUUUGUUCUACAAAGUUUAAAAAAAACUUCCAGCAAAAAGAGAAGAGUGCUAGAACAUGGGUCAUCAUGAAGAAGAAAAGAGGAUUUUUGAGGAUCAAAAUAUAGAGGAAAAGCAUGCUUAUCAAGUUGGGCAGGAUUAUUGGGUUAUCAAGGAAGAUCAUCAUCAUCAUCAUGAAGAAAUGUGUGUCUCAGGAUCUAUUGAAUCCUCACUGGAGAAUUCAAUGAACUCCAUUGAAUCAUCAUCUUCAUCAGACUUGGUACAGGAUGCAUCAUCUGCUUCCACAUCAUGCUCCUCAUCACCUUCCAAUGGGCCUCUUUAUGAACUAUCUGACCUAAUGAUCCAUCUUCCCAUGAGGAGAGGUUUGUCAAAAUAUUAUCAAGGCAAGGCCCAAUCUUUCACAUCCCUAGCAAGUGUGAAGAGCAUAGAAGACCUGGCAAAGAAGGUGGCUCCUUACAGAAGGAAAAUAAAGCCAUGCAAGAGCUAUGGUGGGGGUUUGGAUGGUGGUCACAAAUCAUAUACUACUACUCCUAAAGCCAUUAUCUCAAAGAAAGCUUCUUCAAGAGGAGGAUCUUUCUUAUAUUCCGUAAGUAAGAGAGGAAAAUUGUUGGGUUAGCUUAGCUCUCUCUAGGCCUACAGCCACCCCUGUACAAAUCAAUUUCUAUAUGAUCAAACCUUUAGAAACUUGCUAUGCAUGGUUUUUGUAUUGGAGAGUUAGUUUUUGAUCUGGGCUUUUGUUCUUUUCUUCACAUUGUCAUUGUUCUUAACUCUCAACAUGAAUUUAACAUGCUUAUAAUCCAUCACAACCUUUUUCCAUUGGCAAUAUUUUAUGUGGUGGAUUUGAUGUUAGAUUGGCAUGGAGAUUCUUAUGUUAUGACAGUUCCAUGAUUUUUCUGGUUGAUAAGAUAA